AUGCUUAUACCCCGAAAAAUUGCGCCGCUACUUGCAUUCGCAGCCUUCGGCUUCAUCAUCCUCGUCCUCCACUCAGCAGUAAGACAAAGGUCCUGGCGGGACAUACCACAAGUCGUUGGGCUCGGGGAAGUGGUGGCGGGUGACUCUCCAGCAUUUGAAAUACCAUCACCCACCUCCUCGCUGGACGAUGCAACUCAAACAGGUAAUAAGCAGACAUGGAAAUCGAGGCCGACAUUUUUACCUGGGGUACCGCCAAGCCCGGGUCACAACUAUACAAAGGUGCUCGUGAUCCCAAAGGUUCGGGACGAAAAGACGGACUGGAUACAUGAAGAAAUCCCGGAUCUUCAAACCGCUAUCUACGUUGCGGAUGAUCCCUCGGCUCCUCUCCACCCACCCAAGAACAAGGGAAACGAGGUGAUGAUUUAUCUGACCUACAUUAUCGAUCACUAUGAGGACCUUCCGGAUAUUAUCAUGUUCAUGCAUUCUCAUCGCUACAGCUGGCACAACAAUGACAUACUUAACAACGAUGCCUACGAGAUUAUCACCAGGCUCAGCAGCGAAAGAGUUGUCAGAGAAGGCUACAUGAACCUUCGGUGUCAUUGGAAUCCCGGCUGCCCAGAUUGGAUACACCCUGGCCAUGUGGAAGUGGAUCGAGAGAAGAAGGAAGAAAGAGAGCUCGCAAGGGUUUGGAGUGAGCUAUUUCCCCUUGAUGCUAUCCCACAAAUCUUGGCUCAACCAUGUUGUGGCCAAUUCGCCCUCUCCCGAGAACGAGUACAUGCUAUUCCUAAAACGAAGUUCUCCUUCUACCGCGAUUGGCUUAUGCGGACCGAUCUUCCCAACUAUCUUUCUGGCCGUGUUUGGGAGUACCUCUGGCAAUAUAUCUUUACUGGAAAGAAUGCUUUCUGUCCUGAUCAACAUGUUUGCUAUUGUGAUGGAUAUGGGGUCUGCUUCGAGGACGAGCAGGCAUUUGACCGUUGGUUCGAGCUCAGAUGGAAAACAAACGACUUGGAGAGAGAGCUUGAAGCUUGGCGUUCAAAAGCCAAGCUAAUUGAAGACGCGGCAACAGGAGUACUAGAUGAGGCGAAUGACUUAGAAGUGCCUGAAGUUGGCAAGGAUGCAACUCUGGAGCAUGAGAUUCAGCAGAAUAAGCGGCAGUUGGGCGAACAGCGAGACGACGCCAUUAACAAAGGCAACGAUCCCCAAAAGCGAGCGGCGAUUGCCGGAAGAGAGUGGCAUGAUGGGGAUUGGUAUUGA